UGUUUAGGUGUGUGUGUGCGUGAGUACAUACGUAAAAGAUAAAAGAUUUGAAUUCGCUGCAUCACGAUCCUUGUCGAAAGAGAAGAAGAAAAGAAAAACAGCGAUUGUCGACUGUGCGACAGAAGAAAACAACAAAUAGGAUUUGACGGGCGAAUAAAGAAAAUUAUCGUCUAGCUGAAAUAAACAUUCAAUAGAUGAUGUUUUAUUGCCAUUAAAUUGUUCGAAAGUGUUGCAGUCGCAAUUUGAGUAAAAAAAAACGCAGAAAAUAAAUUGCAAAUUGAAAAGUAUAGAAACCGAAUCGUAUUCACCACACGUAUCGUGUACAGAUUGUCGCAGUGGAAUAAGGAAUCAUCAAAUAAUUGGAAAGAAUUCCGUGUUCGCCAUCGAACGAAGAAGAAGAGAAAAAAAAGUACUGCGAAUAGAGACCGGGUGUUGGUAGUGUGUAGUAGAUGUAAUAAGCAACAGCAACACUAGCUCUCAUCCCGAGUAGUAGCCGUGUGUGUUGUGUGUAUCUGAAUUCAGUGUAUUUGCUUCGCUAUACACAUAUAUAUAUAUAUAUAUAUAUAUAUAUAUAUACCGACGACGAUAUUUUUUUUGGUGUCUCUCAACAAAAUUUUUGUUAUAUUGUCAUUGAUUGACUGAAAAAAUUUCAUCAUGGCGAAGCAAACGACCGGUGUUGUGGUUCCACGGAAUUUCCGACUUCUAGAAGAAUUGGAACAAGGUCAAAAAGGUGUUAGCGAUGGCACAAUUUCAUGGGGUCUUGAAAACGACGAUGACAUGACUCUCACUCACUGGACUGGUAUGAUCAUUGGACCACCACGGACUCCAUAUGAAAAUAGAAUAUACUCACUGAAAAUAGAGUGCGCCGAAUCGUAUCCAGAUGAACCACCAAUGAUUAGAUUCUUAUCCAAAAUUAACAUAAAUUGCAUUAAUCAAAGUAAUGGUGUGGUCGAGCAUAGACUGGUUCCGAUGCUCACUCGAUGGAAUCGUGAGUACACGAUCAAAUCAACACUGCAAGAAAUUCGUAGAAUAAUGACGUUGAAAGAUAAUUUAAAAUUGGCUCAACCACCAGAAGGAAGCUGUUUUUAGUUUGUAUAUAAAGGUGUUUAUCACACAGCAACCACUCUGAAGCGACAAAACCGAUUUAUAGAAUUCAGAAAAAGAAGAAGGGCGGGAUAUUAAUUGGGAUGAAAAGAAAGAGAGAAAACAAAGAAAAUGUUGCAAACAAGAAAAACAACAACAAACAAAAUUAAACAGAGCAAGGAAGUUUUUAAAAGGAGGAAAGAGUAAAAAAUGGAAAAAUUUGAAAGGGGAAAAUUAUUGAUGACUGUAAUUACUUUUGUUCGAUUGAUUUGCAAACUUAUAAAUAUUACUAAAUAAUUUAAUCACAAGAAGAUAAACAGAAGAAAAAAAACCAAAAAAAAAAAAUCAAGUUAAACAAACUGAAAGCAAAACAACUUUCAACUGAAAUAAACUGUUAUGAACCACUCGUUUCUGCCACCACUAACAUCUUGAGUGCACAUUAAACAAAAGCCCAUUUAAAAAAAAGAAACAUAAACUACUUAAACAUUUGUUUGUAGACCAAUUAAAAUUAAUGUUUGUCAUAAUGAAGAUUCAGAUAACGAAAAAGUAACAACAAGAAAACCGCAUCCGAAUUUCAUAUGAAAACAACACAACAACAGAAAAUUACCAUUUAAUAUUUGAUGAUAUUUUUUGUUUGUUCUGAAAACCUUCUUCUUUCUCUGAACCAACAAGAAAAAACAAACUUUAAACAAAAAAUACAUCCAAAAAAAACAUGCAACACACACUGUUAAGGCGAAUAAAGUAAUUUAACCGAACAAAAAAAAAACACACAGAAAAAACGUUUAGUAAUUUGCUUUAGAUUUAAUAAAUGUUUUAAGCACUAUUUAAACACGGAAAAAUGAAAAACGCAACUGGAAUCGCAACACAUUUGAUGAAUUUCUUUAAAGCAGGGCCAGCUUUACUAUUAUUAUAUAUUUAAUUAAUUAUGAUAAAUUAUAAUGAUUUUGAAAGUAAAUGGCAAAACACACACACAAACAUCGCAUCGAAAGAGAUGGCAGAAUCAUUAUUCUUUUUAGACCACAAAUUUAUUGAGCAAAACAAACUUAUCGACUAACAUCCACAUUAGUAUGAAUAAAAAAAUUAAUGAAAGAGAAAUAAAAAUGAGCAUAAAAUCACACGCAAAAUGCAAUAAAAAAAAAGUCAUCAAAUUUCCAAUUAGGCCGCCGUUGAGGGCGAGAGAAGCAAAAAAUCACAUAUAAACACACACACAAAUUGCAGCAACUUAAAACGUUCGAUUCAAAUAUCUUUGUUUGCCUUAAAGUAUUCGCACGUAAACGUAGUUCCAACCAUUUUUUUAAAACAACAAAAGAAUAUCAACUAUCAGAUGAAGUUUCUUGGUUUCUUUUUAAAAAACAAACAACAACACAAAAGAAGAAAAAAAAAUUUACAAAAAAUUUAAUAAUAAUAAUAUUCUUGGUUUCUCUUACUGUUGCUUCGAUGAGAACAGUAUGCUACCGUUACAAAAUCAGGCGGCACACACUGCAGUUUUUGCCGUGAUUUGAACCACUGAAAAAAAACAUCAAAAAACACACACGUACACAUGCCAAGAAUCCGAAGCCUAUACAAUCGGAUGAAUCAUUGAGAUUAAUCUGCUAAAUUGCAAUUUAAUCGAAAUGGUCAUUCAAAAGUGUCAAUUGAAUGAUAGCGUUAGACGUCGAUCCUCAGAAUUUAUGAAAGGAUAGCUAAGGUGGAUGCCACUGAAAAUGACUCAUUCAGACCGAUUUCGCUAUUCCAUAUCAAUUUUAGUCGAUUCGUUUUGUUUGAAAUCAUUUUCGAUUAAAAUGCCAUCCUUGAUUCAAUUGUUCGAUUGCAUACACUUCGCAGUCUUGGCUCAUUUCACCUCCCCCUCCACGAAAGGGCAAGUGUAUUACAAAAUCGUUCAUGCACCAAAUUCUGACCAUUUCAGCUUUAACGAAUUAGAUGCAUUACAAUGUGAGAAAAAAAGGGGAAAAAACAAUUUAAAGAAGAAAAACAAAGAUGAUGAAAAAUGGAAAAAAUAAAAACAUUGCAUGGAUAAAGCACGAGCGACGAAACACUUGUUUCUCUUACUUUGAUAGGUAACAACAUUGUUAUUAAAUAUAUUUGAAUGAAAUAAAUGAACUGAACGGAAAUGG